GUUAGAAUAAUAACGGCUCUACAAGAGACGAUUCGUAAAAUCAAGCCCUGGUCCCUCAACAAAGUCAAAGAAGUGGUAACCGUGGUCGCUACGACGGCGGCGGUGGUGGUAGCGGUAUAGGUCGGCUGUCACUCGACCAGGUUGAUGUUUGCGCAACGAGAGCAUAUCGAAUAGUAGCCGGCUGGAAGGCUGGCCGAGCGCUAGCUGCUAUGUGCGAGGAGUGA